UUGGAUUGCAAAGGAUCAUCAUAUCCCCAUUUGAAAGAAAACCCCAAAAACAAACCAACCCUAAAAGUGAAGAAUUGGGUUGUAAAGUUGGGUUGGCCUCGAGCUCUUUUUGGAACUAAAAUUCCAUAAUUUUAGAGAGAGAAAGAGGAAUUCUGAGAGAUGGGUUUUGGUUUUAGAUUACAUGGAAACAAAACCCACAUUGUAGUAGUGGAUGAGAGAGGGAGGAGAGUGAGUGAUUUUCUCCACAGUCAAAAAGAAAACGAGGAGUGGAGCGACGAUUUUGGCGACACUAUCGAUUCUCAAAAUCCUCACAGUAUGUAAAAUUUGUAAUGCAUUUUUUCUUCUUCCAACUGCUUUGAUUUUUUCUUCCAUUCUCAGACAUGCACUGGAUUUGAGAAUAAUCUCACCCUUAUCAGUCUCUUUUGUUGGUUCUUGGGGUUGUUCGUCCUCCGCGAGAUUUCCGGUAACUUCAUUUUGCUUCGAUAGUUCCGCUCCCCUUCUAUAUCUCGUCCUCAGAUUUCUCAGUUUUACAGGUUCUCUCUGAAACUUCGUAUAGAUUUUUGUUUUUGUCCGUUGCUUGUUUUUUUCCCUGAUUGAGCUUUGUGAACUGGAAUAGAGGUUUUAGUACUGCAACAGACUUGUUUAGAAAUUAGGGUAUUGGAAUCUUAUCUGGGUUGUUGCUUGCUUGAGGAAUCUUAGUUUUUGUUUUGAAGUAUAGAUGGAAGAUAAUAGGAAUGGCAGAAGAAGAGCAAAAACAGAGGUGUUAUAGUAAUAGAUUUGGGAGUUUUGGGACAAUUGGUGGUGUUGGUGGUAGAUCUUCUUCUAAAAAACCAAAGCCAAAGACUAAGAAAGUUCCACAGAGAGGGCUUGGUGUUGCGCAGCUUGAGAAGAUCAGAUUAGAGGAACAGCAGAAGAAUGAUGCAGCUGCUGCAAUUUUCUCAUCCCCUUCUCCAUUGUCACCUACCAAAUCCUCCUCUUAUCUGUCGUUGCCCGUUCCCAGUUUUCGCCAGUCGAAUCAGUCAUCGUCCUCGUCUUCAUUCCCUUCGCCUCCUCUGGUGAACCUCUCCUCUUCCAGCUCAAUGUUUGGGCCACCUCUGCCUGUUCUGAACAUGGACGUUAGAGAUUCUUUCACUGUUCCAUUGGUGGAUCAGGCAAAGAGUGGUGGAUCUGAAACUGGGUUGUCUGCAGUUACAAUCAUGGAGCAAGGAAAUGCUCUCAAAUGGCAGAGCUCUUGUGAAUACUAUCUCGAGAAGGAGAAUUACGGGGUCGACCCGGGACAGGCUUUUCGCUCAAAUUUCAAUCUCCCAUAUGAAGUUAACCCUGCCUGGCCUUCCCCAGAACUGCUCCAAAGAGCACAGCAAUACCAAUCACCUUCUCCAAUGGUGAAUAAUGUCUCAUCAACAACUUCAUUGUCUUCUGGUCUUAAUGUCCAGAUAGAGCCCCCUUCAAACCAAAGCUAUUAUUGUGGCAACUACUCAACCAUCUGGGCAGACAAGGAAGAGAAGAUGGUUGGCAUGAAGAGAUUGUCUCUCUUAACUCCAAACAACCCAAGUGGACCGACUUUCGAUUACGACCGCUCUUCCUUCACUGUUCCAAAUAGAUCUGAUGAUUCACCUUCACAUGGCAAUGGAAGCCUGCCAAGUUUUCCAGAGGAUCAUACGCCGAGCUUAACACCGAGCUCCGAGGACGACUUUGGUGGAAACUUCCUCACCCUGGCUUCUCUUGCUACUCGUUGGACAUCAUGUCCAAGCUCUAACAAUGUUAAGUCCCCUCCAACUUAUCCUCUUCUGCAGAACCUUGUGCAUCACCCCGAUUCAGAACCGUUUCAUUUUCAGGGAGGAACGAAACCUGUUGGAUUGGCCGAAAAGCAGCCAUUCUACAGCUUCCUUCCAGCUGCAGAGGCAAAAACUGGACAAGAAACUGCCACUUCUGUGAACAAAUUCAAGGGUGGCGAAGUAGGAGAAAGAGUUGAUUUAGAUUUGAAGUUGUAGAAGUUGUAGAAACCUGUAUGUUACUCUUUUAAAUGUUCUGUCUUUUGGGUUCAAAUAUAUGUAGGUUUUAAAUUAUGAAAUUUUGUGUAAGAAACUCAAAAUCUUACCUUCAAAGUUGUUUUGUUAGGUUCUGUUGGAUAA